UUAUUGAGCAGCAGUGCCAUGAAUAGGACGGGCAAGAUGAGCAAACUAGUAAUUAACCUUCCAAUAUGUUCUUCAACUAUUACACUUAAACAUGAACCUUGGGGCAGCGAGAUAAUAGAUUGGCUUCUUGCUACUUGAAAAUUUGGGACUAAUCGGUAACUAUUUGAUCCAUCAAUAACUAAAUGACAGAUUAUAAACUAGUUUAUAGCCUUUUACUACAGCUAAUUGAUAGGGAUGUUGCUUUCCUAUCCUAGUAUCACUGUCUUUUGUGUAUCGACCAACCAUGGCCCAGGGUCCUAAGGUGCGCCCACGACAAGAAAUAGGGAAUCUUAUGCGUGGUGUUCAGUAGGUCUGAUGUGCAAAUAAAUCCACUACUAGAUGAUAACUACCACCAGCACUGCAUGGAUUCUUCAAGCAACAUCAAAACAAAAGGGGGGAGAGGGGGCACCAACCAAUGCAUUCAUUCACCAUUCCUCCGGUCGUGCUGCAGCUGAUCCUGCUACUGUUCUUGGCCUCUCCUGCCACCGCAUGCACCGAGCAGGAGAAGCGCAACCUCCUCCGUUUCCUUUCUGGGCUGUCGCGAUAUGGUGGCCUCGCCAUGUCGUGGCGUGGCAACAGCACGGCCUGCUGCAAGUGGGAAGGCAUUGCCUGAAGACAGGGCUGUCACUGAAGUCUCCCUUGCAUUUAGAGGACUUGAAGGGCGUGUCUCGCCGUCCCUUGCCGAAAUUUUGGCAAUGUGUUCAUUCACAGUUCCUCCGGCCGUGCUGCAGCUGUUCCUGCUGCUCUUCUUAGCCUCUCCCGCCACUGCAUGCACCGAGCAGGAGAAGCGCAACCUCCUCCAGUUCCUUGCCGGGCUGUCGAGUGAUGGUGGCCUCGCCACGUCUUGGCGUAAUAAUGGCGCGGACUGCUGCGAGUGGGAAGGCAUCUCCUGCAAUGGAGAUGGGGCCGUCACUGGGGUCUCCCUGGAGUCUAAAGGACUUGAAGGGCCCAUCUCUCCGUUCCUCACCAACCUCACCAGCCUGCUGCACAUCAACCUCUCGCACAACUCGCUCUCCGGUGGUCUUCCGGCGGAGCUCAUGUUCUCCAGAAGCAUCAUCGUCCUCGAUGUCAGCUUCAGCCGGCUCAACGGACCACUGCCCGAGCUUCCGUCCUUGGUUACCACUGACCGGCCUCUGCAGGUACUCAACAUCUCAAGCAACCAGUUCGGCUCAGAAUUUCCAUCAGCCACAUGGAAGGUGAUGAAGAAUCUUAUCGCGCUCAACACCAGCAAUAACAGCUUCACUGGGCACAUACCUUCUUAUCUUUGCGUUAGCUCGCCAUCUUUGGCUUUGCUUGACCUCUCCUACAACCAAUUGAGUGGCGACAUCCCAAACACACUGGGUAAUUGCUCCAAGCUCAAAGUGCUCAAGGCUGGCAACAAUCACCUAAGUGGGAUUCUGCCUGUUGAAAUCUUCCACGCUACCUCGCUAGAGUACCUCUCCUUCCCCAACAAUGGUGGUUUACAAGGAGAACUUGAUGGAGCACACAUAGUCAAACUCAGUAGUCUGCUUACUCUUGACCUUGGAGGGAACAGUUUCAGUGGAGCCAUCCCAGAGUCCAUAGGUCAGCUCAGGAGGCUGGAGGAGCUCCAUUUGGGCAGCAAUAACAUGUCUGGGGAGCUGCCAUCAACUAUGAGCAACUGCGCAAAUCUCAAAACCAUUGAUCUGAAGAUCAACAACCUCACUGGAGAUCUAGGGAAGGUAAACUUCGCCACCCUACAGAAUCUAAAAAGUUUAGAUCUCAUGGAGAAUAAUCUUGGUGGCAUAGUUCCAGAAAGCAUUUACUCAUGCAGCAAUUUGACUGCACUGCGGUUGUCAGCCAACCAUUUCCAUGGUGAAAUCUCAUCAAGAAUUGGCAAUCUGAAGCACCUGUCCUUCCUAUCAAUUAGUAGAAACUCCUUUACGAAUAUCACAAAAGCUUUGCAUGCUCUUAAGAGCUGCAGGAACAUCAGCACUCUGCUUAUUGGCAGAAACUUUAUGAAUGAGGCCAUGCCACAAGAUGAAAGCAUUGACGGUUUUCAGAAUCUUCAGUUUCUUGCCAUGCACCAGUGUUCAUUGACUGGAAGAAUACCUACUUGGUUAUCAAAGCUCACAAGGCUGAAGGUACUGGUAUUAUCUAAAAAUCAACUUACUGGACCAAUGCCAAGCUGGAUCAACUCCCUAAACAACCUCUUCCAUCUGGACGUAUCAAACAACAGUCUUUCUGGGAAAAUCCCAGUCACCUUGAUGGAGAUGGCAAUGCUAAAACUAGAUAAGCCUGCCAUCUAUUUGGACCCAAGUCUCGUUGACCUUGAUCUACUUAUUUAUGCUGUGGAUGCAUCAAAACUUCAAUACCGCAUAAACAGUGAUUGGUGCAAAGUGCUGAAUCUCGGUAACAAUAAAUUCACAGGUGUGAUCCCACAAGAGAUUGGUCAGCUGAAAGCAGUCCUUUACCUGAACUUGAGUUCCAACAACUUCUAUGGAGAGAUCCCACAAUCAAUCGGCAACCUCACUAACCUUCAGAGGUUAGAUUUGUCUAAUAACCAUCUGACCGGUGAAAUUCCUGCAGCAUUGGAGAUCCUUCACUUCCUUUCAGAGUUCAACAUUUCUAACAAUGACCUAGAAGGACCUAUUCCAACAACAGGCCAGCUGAGCACAUUUCAAGCUUCUAGUUUUAAUGGGAACCCAAAGCUGUGUGGCCCUAUGCUUAUUAACCAUUGUAGUUCGGUUGAAGCAGCUCCCAUCUCCAUCGUUUCUGCAAAAAAAUGCAGCAGUAAGGUCAUUUUUGUGACAGCCUUUGGUGUGUUCUUUGGGGUAGGAGUGCUAUAUGACCAGUUAGUAUUAUUUAGAUAUUUUGGCUAAGCGGCUAAGCCCACUUCAGUGUAAUCUGAUCCAGUAUGCAAUGGUCCAGUAUCCAGUUAUGUUGUUCA